GCAUCUAUAAACCUUCCUUACAUGAUAGCCGAGCUCAUUAUAGCCCUCCUGUCCACAGUGGGCAACCUGCUGGUUUGUGUUGCUGUGGGACUCAACAGAAAACUCCAAACGGUUACCAACUACUUCCUUGUGUCACUAGCAGUUGCGGAUAUCUGCGUGGGUUCACUGGCGAUUCCCUGCGCCAUCAUGACAGAUCUUGGGAUACCACAGCAUAAUCUAUACCUGUGUUUGCUCAUGUUGUCUGUGCUUAUCAUGCUAACCCAGAGCUCCAUUUUCAGUCUGCUGGCGGUCGCGGUGGAGCGUUACGUGGCCAUCUUCAUGCCCUUCCAGUACCACAGACUCAUGACACCUUGCAACGCAAUUCUCGUAUUGUGUGUCACCUGGACACUAGCGUUCCUGAUUGGUCUGGUGCCAUUGAUGGGCUGGCACAAGCCUCCGCCAGCAUCGGGCUACUGUUUCUUCGUGUUUGUUGUAGAUAUGACCUACAUGGUCUACUUUAACUUCUUCGCCUGCGUGCUGACACCACUGGUUGUGAUGUUCCUCAUCUACGCGCAGAUCUUCGUAACGGUUAAAAGUCAAAUGAGGAGGAUAGCAGCAGAACGGGGUGGUGCGACAAAUACAGAAGGUGCGGCGAAGAUGAAGAAAGAAAUGAAGAUGGCUACAUCACUUUUCCUUGUUCUCUUCCUCUUUACGGCCUGCUGGAUUCCGCUACAUAUUAUAAACUGCUUCCUUCUACUCUGUCCAUCAUGUCCUGUUCCCCUUCCGCUGCUCUUAACAGCCAUUAUUCUCUCCCAUGCAAACUCUGCUGUAAACCCUUUCCUCUAUGCCUACAAGAUGAAAACCUUCAGGAAAGCUUUCAAGGCAAUCUUCCUGUGCUGCAGAGGCAUAGGUGAUGGAGAGGAGCAAUGA